AAAUUAAAAGUUGAAACUGAUUUAACAAAUAAUCUUGAAAUUCAAGAGAAGCAGUUGAUUUUAAAAGAACAAGAAUUAGAGUUAGAAGAACAUAAAAUUUGUUUAGAGCAUGAAAAACUUGAGCUAAAUAAAUUAAAAAAAGAAUUAGGAACUGAUUAA